AUGGCCCUCUGGAUGCAGCGAUUCCGUGCGGAAUAUAGCGAUCCCUUCAAAUUGCCCACAUUCCGUCUACCAUACACCACGAACCCGCUGGCGAUGGGGAAAUCUCCACCCUUGGCUACCAAUAUCAAAAAAAUCCUCGAGCCACCGGUUUCUGAAAUUGAGAUCAAUAUGGUCAUGGCGAAGCAGAACCUGGGCCACCUCCAAAUUAGUAUCAUGUGUGACGGUGUAUUGCACCGCGGCGCGACUUGCAAUCAUAUUUUUAUUGAUUCCUAG